AUGUAUCAAAAUGGGCUAAAUCAGCCAGAGACAUACCCACCACAAGGCCCGACUUACCAUCAAGGACCAGUAGCUGGUGCUACAAUGGGGGUGCCAAUGCAGCAGAAUCUAUACCAAAUGCAAGUGCAAGCUCAGGCAGGGACGCAGGGCUGGAAUUCUGGGCUUUUUGAUUGCAUGAAUGAUCCAACUAAUGCUCUGAUAACCGCUUGCGUCCCAUGUGUGACGUUCGGCGAGAUCACUGAGAUUGUUGACAAUGGCCAGACUACAUGUUCGACCAGUGGACUGUUGUACGGGUUGAUCGCCAUGUUCAUUGGAAUACCCUGCAUUAUGUCAUGCACAUAUCGUACAAAGUUAAGGGGCAGGUUUGGCCUCACUGAGUCCCCAGCGCCGGACUGGAUCACCCACUUCUUCUGCGAGCCUUGUGCACUAUGCCAAGAGUAUAGGGAACUCCAAGCCAGAGGCAUAGACCCUUCUCUAGGAUGGAUGGGAAACGUGACAUCGAAUCCAACUUACCAGCAGCAACAAGUUUCUAUGAUGCAUCCAAUGAAUCAAAAAAAUGAUGGGUUGAUUAGAAAUCAACUCAAACGAAUGGUUGUGAAUUGUGACGUGUGCCUUUGA